UAGUGAAUAGGGGCAGCACUGUGCAGCCCAUAUAAAACAUUACCACUUUCUCGGCAUCCAUUAACUGAGAGGACUAACUGCGAGCAUGCCAUCUUUGGGGCUUCAGAUUUUGGGCGUCGGUCUGGCUGUUCUGGGAUGGAUUGGUAAUAUCCUAAUCUGCAUGCUUCCUAUGUGGAAGGUGUCCGCUUUCAUUGGGAACAAUAUUGUGGUCGCUCAAACUAUUUGGGAGGGUCUAUGGAUGACUUGUGUAGUUCAGAGCACGGGUCAAAUGCAAUGCAAAGUUUAUGAUUCUCUCCUAGCGCUACCUCCGGAUCUCCAAGCUGCAAGAGCCAUGGUUGUCAUGGCCAUCCUCUUUUCAUUAUUUGGUAUAUUGCUGUCAGUGGUUGGAGGCAAGUGCACUACAUGUAUUGGUGACAAAGGGACGAAAGCACGAGUAGCCAUUUCAGCUGGGAUUUUCUUCUUUUUGAGUGGAGCUCUGUGUCUGGUAACCGUAUCUUUGCCAGCUAAUACCAUCAUAAAGGACUUCUAUAACCCCUUGGUGCCGGAUGCCCAGAGGAGAGAGCUGGGGGCGUGUCUGUACGUAGGAUGGGGCGCGUCAGGGCUGCUGCUGAUCGGAGGGGCACUGCUUGGCUGCCAGUGUCCCACCAGAGAAGACAGAUACAACGGACCCAAGUACUCGCCUAAAUCAACCUCACCUGCAAAAGAGUUUGUGUGAAAGAAAUGGAACUUUUGAAUAGACAUUUCUUAAACUAACUUGACUAACAGGUUUGGGUUUUUAGAUUAAAUGCAUGCAAACUACACAGACUCAUCUUUUUAUU